AUGAUCGUAACGCAAGCACAAGUUAGCGCAACAAAUAAUCGCGACGAUUUAUACUCAUCCGUUGCUUUGUUGGAAUAUGUUUUAAAUAUUGAAAAAAUUUACGUUGAAGCCCUAGAAGACUAUAUUUUAAAAGCGGAAUCGGAAAUUAAGUCGCUUAAAAAGGCAACCCGAAUUUUUCGAAACCAAACCAGCACUAAAUUAAAAUACAACUCUAUUCUUUUUCAAUCAUUACGAAACUUUCAACAAAAUGCCGAAAGUAAUUUGACUUUGAUAUAUCAGGCUUUAAAAGAUUUAAUAAAAAUUUCGUACAUUGUAGAAUUCUUAAGAAAGGUUAAGAACACCAACUCAAUUUAUGAACACUUUGUUCCCAUUCAAUCUGAUUUUGAUGGUGCGAUAUCUGGUUUAUUACGUUUGCAAAGAAUUUAUGGUUUUACAGCUGAACAAUUGGUAAAAGGAAAUUUAUCAGACAUAAUCCAAUUAUCAUCAAAAUUAACAGCUUACGAUUGCUUUAAAAUUGGUCAAAAACUAAGUGAUUUAAAUAUACAUGAGUAUGCAGUGGGAUGGUAUAAGGCAGCACUAAAUCACAUUAACGAAACACAAGAAAAUACUUUUAAUAGCUACAAUAAGUUAGACAGUCAAACGAUUGCUGAAUCGUUAAAAUACUCUAAGCUUUUAACAAACGAUACAGGUGAUACGGACAAAUUAGUUGGCUUUGAAGACUUGGGGUUAGUGCAAUUAGCAUGUCGAGGAUAUCUCGAAAAAGAACCAUACGAGAGCCGAGAGCUGCAUUGUAAAUAUGAAAACCAAAACCAUCCGUUUUUGAAACUAGCCCCUUUAAAAGUUGAAAUAUUGAACUUAUCACCGUAUUUAGUAAUUUAUCAUAAUGUAAUUUAUGAUUCGGAAAUUGAAGUUUUGAAGGAGCUUUCACAAGAUAAUUUAGAAAGAGCAGGAACAUGGAAUAAUGAUGAAGGCAAAGAUACAAGUACAACAUAUAGAACUAGUAAACAUUCAUGGAUUGAUAAUGGAACACACCCAGUUGUCGAUAUAUUAAAUCAAAGAAUGUAUGAUAUGACAGGAUUGUCAUUAGAAACUUCGGAAACACUACAAAUUGCUAAUUAUGGAAUUGGAGGGCAUUAUGAUAUUCAUGUUGAUUAUUCCGAACAUUCAGAUGAUCCCAGAUAUAAUAGUGCUGAUGCAUUUGGAAGUGAAUGGGGAUUCGGUGAUAGAAUAGCAACAAUCUUAUUUUACCUUUCUGAUGUUCCACUAGGGGGCUCCACUGUUUGGCCCUAUAUAAAAGUUAAAGUAAAUCCAGUGAGAGGAAACGCAGCUUUCUGGUACAAUCUGCAUUAUAGUUUAGAAGGAAACGUUUAUACAUUACACUCAUCAUGCCCAGUUGUAAUUGGAUCUAAAUGGGCUGCCAACAAAUGGAUUUGGUCACAAGCUCAAAUAUUUAAAAGACCCUGUCAAUUGGAAUUUGACACAAGUGUGGAGGAAGAUAUUGAAAUAUAA